AGGCGCCUGGUCACUUGUCCCUCGCGCGGCGCCGUCUGCGCAGCUCUCGGUGGGGUCGAAGGAGGCCGCGGGCUUUGCGGUUCCACUUCUGGUUCCGGUUCCGGUUGGAGCUCACCUGCGGCGAGGGCGGGUGGCCAUGGCGUACUCCACAGUGCAGAGGGUGGCCCUGGCCUCGGGGCUCGUCCUGGCUGUGUCGUUGCUUCUGCCCAAGGCCUUUUUGUCCCGCGGAAAGCGGCAGGAACCACCGCCGCUCACCGAAGGGAAGUUGGGUCGAUUUCCACCUAUGAUGCAUCAUCACCAGGCCCCCUCAGAUGGCCAGACCUCUGGGGCUCGCUUCCAGAGGUCUCACCUUGCAGAGGCCUUUGCAAAGGCUAAAGGACCGGGUGGAGGCACUGGAGGAGGAGGUAGUGGAAGAGGCCUGAUGGGGCAGAUUAUUCCAAUCUACGGUUUUGGGAUUUUUUUAUAUAUACUGUACAUUUUAUUUAAGCUCUCAAAGGGGAAAAGUACUGCAGAGGAUCGGAAGUGCUCUACUGCCACACCUGGAAGCAUCCACAGGAAAAUUACCAAUUUUGAGCUUGUUCAACUACAAGAAAAACUGAAGGAGACAGAGGAAGCCAUGGAAAAACUAAUCAACAGAGUGGGGCCUAAUGGCGAGAGAGCACAGGCCGUGACUUCUGACCAAGAAAAACGAUUGCUGCAUCAGCUCCGAGAAAUCACCAGGGUCAUGAAAGAAGGAAAAUUCAUUGACAGACCCACUCCAGAGAAAGAAGCUGAGGAGGCUCCUUACAUGGAGGACUGGGAAGGUUACCCGGAAGAGACCUAUCCAAUUUAUGACCUUUCAGAUUGCAUCAAGCGUAGGCAAGAAACAAUCCUGGUGGAUUACCCUGACCCAGAAGAGCCCUCUGCCGAGGAAAUAGCUGAAAGAAUGGGAGUGAUAGAAGAAGAAGGAUCAGGCCAUUUGGGGUGGGAAAUGCCUACUGACCCCAGAGCUCAGGAAGAUAAUUCUGUUACCUCAUGUGACCCAGAGGCAGAAACAUGUUCCCGCUGUUUUCAUGAAGAAGAGGAUCCCGCUGUCGUGGCAGAGAAUGCUGGAUUUGGUGCAGACAGUUACCGUGAGCAAGAGGAGACCACCGAAGAAAUGUGGCCCCGCGACUUGAGAGAUGAAGGGCCAGGCGUUAGUGCUGAUAGAGCAGAGGCAGGGGGCAUGCUGAGGAAGCGGGACCCCCACCGUUUAGAGUACAGACAGCCAGUUUGGUGAGGUGCCCAUUACUCUAGUCCCAAGGUGACCUUUCUCUCCUCUCUGAUUUCAACCUUGGCCCUGUGCCCUGUGUUUCAUUCUCUGUGUUUAAAUAUCAUAGACAGGCCACUGCCAUGGAUAUCAUGUGUCCUUCCUGGUGCUUACACACCUGUCACCUGUAAAACAUCACAGUAAUCAGUAUGAACACAAGACAGCUUCCCUCUCUCUCUUCCUGCCUUUCCUCCAUCAGAGAGUUGAUCCACUGAGUAAUUUUCUAUCUAUUGUGAUUACAGAUGGGACCACUCAGGGCAGAGGUCUGACUCUUCGUGUUAGGAGUAACAGAUGGUUUACCUGUGAACAAACAUCAGAUUAUACAUGAUGAGGACUUAAGGUUGUAAGAGUGAAGAUUUCAGAGUCCAAAAUACCUUAUUCUGUGGGCCUUGAGCAGGUUAGUAGUCCGCUGAGCUCAAGAAGAAAACCUUCUGUUAGUCGGGAUGGUGGGGCCAGAGCAGGGUAAGACUCUGCUGUCUGAACUGAAGCCCCUUUCUCACAGCAAGGCCCUUUUUAGGGGCACCCAGGCUGCCUCAGAUCUCCACUUUUCUCCAGAGUAGAAGACUCCCACUGACCUGAGAAUGAACCUAGAGGCUUAUUGGGGGAUGGUUUUGCUCUACUAUUGCCUGGAUCUCUAGCUUCCUUUAUCCCUGUUCUGCUUAACAGAACUGCCAAAUGCAUAAGUACCUUUGUACCUCUGGUCUUCAGUGGCCAGAGGAAACUUGAGUUAGAGACUUUAGUCCUUGCCCUGCAGAGCCAAGGUUUGAGGCUUCAGGAAAGCCUGCCGAAGGGUGGUGGUCCUGCCGUGAGAUGCUCAGAAGGCCAGGGAGCCGGUGAUGGGGAGAGAACCCAUGCGCUUAUAGGCAGUCCUUGCUUAGAUGCUGUUUCUGAAUGUUGUACCCUCUGGGAAGUUUGUUCUCACAACAAAUUCAAUUGAAACAGAAGCGAGGAGGACUGAGCUUAUAGACCAAGUGCCAGCCCAGCAGGGAAGCUGCAGGGACCCAAUGCAGCACUGCCCGGGAAGAGACUAUUUGUUCCAUAUGUGGAUGUCUGAGUCUGUUGAGAAAGCUGGGCAAAGUAGGAGGUCGGUUAGGACUGGGAGGACUGUGACCAAACCAAAAGCCUAUCUCUGAGCUGCGAUCUGUCACGCGUCUCCUUGAGGUAAGAUGUAUUCUGUCUAGUGAGGAUGAGUGAAUUCAGUUUACAGGUAAGACCUAAGAGUUUAAAGGGGACACAUUCCUGAGGAUAUUCCCAGUCAUGAAAUGCAGAAGACUUGAAAAUUAAGAAAUCAUGUAAAGGUAGACUUGGCUUUUAGAGUUCCAUUGUGCCUGGCAUGAGCAAGCGGCCAGGAAGAUAGUUUAAUCACUAUUAAAUCACAUAAGCAUACACACUGCUGUCACAGGUACAGGAUUGUAUUAAGAUAACGUAUCAGCUACUGCUGUGAAUUUGUUAGUUAAUGACUACAGAGAAAAGUCACUGAAGACUGAGUCUAUAGAAAGCAUAUUGUCUCUAUCUCUGUGUGGAACAUUUGAUUCACUUGUAAAGAAUACAGUUUAAAAUGUACUAAAAACAGUCUAGAUGUAAUGUAAUGCUGAAGGUAAAAAAUAAUGUAGGUGCUCUUUACUGUUUCGAUAAAUUAGUUUUCGUGUUGUUUCUCUUCAUUCACAAUGAGGGGUUGAUUUAUGAGAAGAGUUCUGGGAGCCUGUUUCGAGUUUCUUUUUUGCCUUAGGAUAUGAUUCCCUUAUUAGAGGUAUGUAUUUGUUUCCUUCUAGCUUAUUCACUCAUUUAUUCAUUCAGCAGACACUGCUCAGAGCUAGGCAGUGGGAACAGAAGGCUCAAUUCCUACCUUUAAAAAAACUCAGCUGAAUGUGGGAGCCGUAUCCAAUUUAUUUUUAAAAAUGAACUGUGAACUAUAAAAGGGCUCAAGAUCGAGAAUUCUGCAGGCAGAGAAAUGUUGGUCACAAUUCCAUCCUUGUCUAUUCUAGUUGUAGAAUCUGGCCAGUUCCUUAACCCCAAGAACCUUGGCUUUCUCACUAAAGCUGGCGGGUCAAAGUCCAGGUCUCACAGGGUAGUUAUGAGGAUUAAAUGAAAUCAUCAGUGCCUAUAAAACAGCACUAUCCUAUCUCAUACAGGAUAACCACUCAAUAAGCGGUAGCCACUUUACUUUUUAUUGUACAAGGUUUUAUGCUGUAUUUGAGAUACGGACCCAAAUCUAUGGGAGCACCAAAAAAGAUCAUUUUUGCUAAAGUACUUCAAGAAACUUCACAGAGGAGGUGGGUCUUGAGGGAUGCUAAGAACUCCAGCUGUGCAAGGAAGAGAAAGGACAUUCUUGGCAGAAAGGGUGGUGUUAGAGCAGUGGGGUGUGAAAGUAAAAGGACGAAGUUCAGGUAUUUUGAUGAGGCUGGUAUGUAAGGUGUCACAUAACCAACUCUCUUUUGGAAUGUUAAUCUUUGGGGGAAAUUGGCUUACGGAAAUAGUUCCUGCUGGAAGUACUAAGACCUCAUGAUAGCUCUUGCUGCCAUGGUUCUUGGUGGGUUUGUAUAGCAGGAAUAUAUUUAUGUAUUUAUAUUUCAAAAAUUUUAAUGUACUUCUCAAUAAUUUCAGAUUAGGCAGUCCUUUUUGGAUUUUUCAGAAUUAUGUUAUUCUUCAGGGAUGACAAUUAUAUUUGUAUAUACAAUCCAGGAGGACCAGAAGCAUGGGACUGGCUUUUGUUUUCAUGCCUGCUGUCUCUUUCCUCCUGGUCUUCAUUUCUCCAGAACUGAUCUAGGCUGAGUCCCCUGGCACUAGGUCUGCAGUGACUUUUAGGCACCGUGGCAGAGCACAGUCAUACCUCUGGGGGCAGAUAGUUGGCCCAGGAAACAACUGCAUCACCUGGGACCAUGCUUGGUAAAUCAGGUGGGUGAUCCGGCCAGGAGAUCCCCUUUUCCUGGUCAGAAUAAGAGCACAAGGAGAGUACCUCCUUAGUUCCAGGACUAGUGCUAUGUGAGCUCAGGAGCCAGGCCCAGAGAGCUGCAUAGAGGAGUGCGGGCACGUUUGGCCUCUAGAAGAGACGGCUUGUGAGGACCCCACUCUCUGCACCCUCUAUGGCCUGGGGAUGAUCCAAUGACUUACGGUCCAAUCUGGGACACUUUGGGAAAAGGGAGCUUUAAUUAUGCCAGGAUAAUAGCUGUAAACUAGGACUUGGGAAAAGGGAGCUUUAAUUAUGCCAGGAUAAUAGCUGUAAGCUAGGACUCUCCACGGACCCUGUCCAGGGCUAAUUUACGAGAUUUGUCUUUAACCUGACCACUAAACAACGAAAAUCUCUUUCCUUUUUAGUAGUUCCCUGCAAAUGUUAUUUCCCAGAGGCAGAGCCAAGGAGAGAGGCCACAGUUCAGCCCAUCCAGCCUCUGCGUGUGUGGUUCUGACCAUCCUUAAACUUGAUGAGCACGGCCAGAGGGAAGACAGUUUCCACCCAUAUGUGAUGGUUUCUAAACAAGCUAUGAUCCCCUUGUUACCACCACCUCCUGCCCACCCCUGAGGCUCUUAGGACAGAAGGAAUGAAUGAUGUAGAAAAAAACUUUUAGGAUCCCCUCUCUCAUGAGGAUCCAGAACCAACCUGUUCUACCUUAAAAUCACUGACCCAGAGAAACAGCUUGACUAGACUUUAGAGAUCAUCUACUUUCCAUCAUUCUAAAUGUCAGCAGGUCUCUCUUUUCAAAGUCAAGAAAGGAAGAGCCAAACUGGGACUAUGGACAGGAGGACGGCGCGACAGUAUUUCAUUGGCAAGUGGACCAGCUCCGGUAUAGAAGGUUCUAGUGCCCUAAAGAUGGCCCCAAGUCAAGAGCUGUCCAGAAACUAGACCAUGUUAACAAAACCUGGAUCACUGGAGGGGCCUCUCACAGAGACAUAUGCCCCAGGUGUGGGCAGAUCCCUGCUAGAACGAGGAGGUCCUGCUUUAAGCACUCAACGUAGGAAAACCCAGAUUACCAGGAAAUGAGAGCAUACUACUCCCACUGAAGUCAGAACAACUUCACCUCAGAGCCUUGCUAACAUGUUUACUUUUUAAAAAA